AAAUGAGAGACUAAGUUUUUUUUCUUCUGUAUCUGUUGUUCUCUGGUCUUCCUCAAAGUCAAAGUUAAGACAAAAGCUUUAAUAAGUGGGAUUUGGUGAUUUUAUAAAAUGUAUGUGAUAGAGAGCAAAGGAGGAACAAUCACUUGUAUGCUCUUGGCUCUGCUCUUCUUAGGGACAUGGCCAGCAAUCAUGACUCUAACCGAAAGACGCGGUAGACUUCCUCAACAUACUUAUCUUGACUACACACUGACAAACCUGUUAGCUGCAGUUAUCAUAGCGUUUACACUAGGCGAAAUAAGUCCAAGCAGACCAAAUUUCACCACACAGCUUUCUCAAGUCAGUUACACAUACAUUCAUACACAUAUUUGUUGUUGGUUUUUGAAAUGCAAAGUUUUUUUGUCACAGGAUAAUUGGCCGUCUGUGAUGUUUGCAAUGGCUGGAGGAAUAUUUCUUAGCCUUGGGACCUUAGCAACACAAUAUGCUUGGGCUUUUGUUGGGUUAUCUGUCACUGAAGUCAUCACAGCUAGUAUCGCCGUUGUUAUCGGCACAACUUUGAACUAUUUCUUGGAUGAUAGAAUCAACAGAGCUGAGGUCCUUUUCCCGGGGGUCGCUUGUUUCUUGAUCGCUGUUUGUUUCGGUUCUGCUGUUCAUAAAUCAAAUGCAGCUGAUAACAAAUCCAAACUCCAAGGAUUCAAAAGUUUAGAGACUACUUCUUCCUUCCAAAUGGAAACAAGUUCUAUAAAAGAAGGAAAAGCAAAAGUAGGGACUGCAGAUUUUCUUAUUGAGGUUGAGAAACAAAGAGCCAUAAAGGUUUUUGGGAAAAGCACAAUAAUUGGACUGGCGAUAACAUUCUUUGCCGGUAUCUGUUUCUCUCUAAUCUCACCUGCAGUAAGCUUAGCGACAAACGAUCAAUGGCACACUUUGAAACAUGGAGUUGGCACACUUUGAAACAUGGAGUUCCAAAACUCAAUGUGUACACAGCCUUCUUCUACUUCUCCAUCUCUUCAUUUGGGGUUGGUCUGAUACUAAACAUCAUAUUUCUCUAUUGGCCUAUACUUGGUCUCCCAAGAUCAUCUUUCAAGGCUUACCUAAAUGACUGGAACGGUCGAGGCUGGUCUUUCUUGGCUGGAUUUCUCUGUGGAUUUGGUAAUGGUCUUCAGUUUAUGGGCGGUCAAGCCGCUGGUUAUGCUGCUGCAGGAGCUGUUCAGGUUUAAGACCUCUUUUCUGUUCAAUGAUUUAAAGAUUGAAAAUAAACAUUUUGGGGGAUACUGCUGUUUGGAGAAUACAAAAGAUCAUCAAGAAAAACAUAUACACUUCUUAUCAGUAUGCUAUUUAUGUUCAU